AUGACAUCCACAUCAGACCUGGCCCAAGGAUACGAGAAGAGUUUGACAAUGAAGCUGGAGGAGCUGGAGAGAUGGUACAUUAAGACCAACCCUGGAUCGGCUGCUAUCUUCAACACAGCAACUUCCGUCAUGCCUGGUGGAAACACGCGCACUGUGCUCCACCACACGCCCUUUCCGCUCGUACUCGAAUCCGGAAAAGGCACGAUGGUGACUUCCAAAGACAGCAAAGAAUACAUAGACUUCGUGUCAGAGUACUCCGCUGCCAUGUACGGCCAUUCACAUCCCAAGCUCCACGAGGCUAUCAAUGAAGCCAUGGAACGAGGUAUGCAGCUGGGAUCGGUGAUGGGAAAAGAAGCAGAGUUCGCCACCCUGAUACAGAAGCGAUUCCCUUCGAUGGAGCUCAUGCGAUUCACCAACUCUGGCACUGAAGCGACCACAAUGGCGGUAGCUGCUGCGUUGGCCUUUACGGGACGCAAAAAGUUAAUCGUCUUCCGCAACGGCUACCACGGAAGCACACUCAGCUUUGGCGACAGCUCCGGACCCAACCUAAACCUCCCCCACGACAUCAUCAUCGCACCAUACAACGACAUCGCCACCACCCAGCCCCUUAUCACCACAGAUAUCGGCGCAAUCAUCGUCGAGCCCCUCCAAUCCGCCGGGGGCUGCAUCCCCGGCACUUGUGAAUUCCUCCACUUCCUGCGCGAUGCAGCUACAGCGAGUGGCGCCAUACUCAUCUUCGACGAGAUCGUCACCUCAAGGCUCGAUUACCAUGGUAUGCAAGGCUACUGGGACAUCACACCCGACAUGACGACGCUGGGCAAGUACAUCGGUGGCGGCUUCUCGUUCGGGUGUUUCGGUGGCCGACGCGAUAUCAUGGCGCAGUUUGAUCCGCGCCACGCUGGACACUUGUCGCACUCGGGCACAUAUAAUAAUAACGUGUUUACCAUGUUAGCUGGCAUUGCGGGCGCCAAACUCAUCACCCCUGAAGAAAUCGCACGGAUCAAUACGCUAGGUGAUCGCACGCGGAAGGGCAUACAAGAUAUUGUCGACGCCAAGGGAGUGGCUGGGUUCAAGGCAGUCGGGUUUGGGAGUGCGGUUGGCAUGCAGAUUCAAGGCAGUGCGGCGGGUGUGAUGCGGGAUGUGAUUUAUUUCCAUCUCCUGAGGCAAGGCAUUGUUAUUGCGAGGAGGGGUUUUCUUAUGUUCAAUCUUAUGCAUACGGACGAGCAUGUUGAUGAGUUUUUGAGCUGUUUUGCGAAGACGAUCGAAUACUGUGGGUCAACAAGUACGACGGAAAGCGACGAGGUUGCCUGA